AUGUUCGCCGAAAAUCCCGACAUGAGCGACAAGGAGAGGGAGGCGCUCCGGAGGAGCUACGACUACUUCAGGACCAACUACCCAUUGGAGGAUCACCUACAACACAUCGACCCAGUAUCCAUCUUCUGCGCUGUGAUCAAGAAGGUCAGACUGCAUAGCAAAGGAAAAGGGCGCUGCGCUUUGGCACUGGGUGACUGCGGAUCCUUAGGGAACUUGAUCAUCAAGGACAUCAACGUCGCGGAGCUGGACUUGAGCCCUUCCAGCCCUACAAGUCCGGGACCGAAGUCUCAAGCUGAAGCUGAGCUGCUCGAGCGCAAGACCACGGUGAUGCGUUUGCAGAACAGGCUCCAGAAGAUCUUUGCCAAACAGCUCACGCCGGGCAAGAGCGUGUGGUGCUGGCGCUAUGAGAAGAACGAGGUUGACCACACCUUCCAAGCUUCCGUUCACAUCUCCCUUUUGGAUCGAUCUUUCACCGGUGGAUGGGCAGCAACCCACCAAGCAGCACAGAUGGAAGCGUGCAACCAGUUGGCAGCGUUCCUGGACAGAGACUUUAAGGCCUGA